AUGCUGCGCCGCUCCGCUUUAACGCGCCGCUGCUUCUCUGGCCCUGCCUUGGCCAAAUCAUCGAGCAAGCCAGCCUCGCCCCUUGUCGCCGCCCAUUCCAGGCCACAUCGCCGACGGAAUCCGCCCGCCUUAUUCCUGCCGUCAGCACCGCUACUGCCUCGCGGCUGUCGUGGUCUGUUGACACAGGCUUUUGCACGAGGCCCUACCGAGCCGCCACUGCUGGAACAAACCGUCGCCGACUAUUUCUCAUCCAUAGUAGCCAAGCAUGGUGACCGGAAAGCUGUCAUCUCGCGACACCAGCAAGUCCAGCUCACGUAUGACGAACUGGAUCGAGCAAGCAAUGCUCUUGCCCGCGGCCUGCAACGUCUCGGGGUGAAAAAGGGCGAUCGAGUUGCCGUGUCUUUGGGCAACAAUAUCGAACAUGCAACAUUGACGUACGCACUCUUCAAGCUCGGUGCCAUUCUCGUUCCCCUGAAUCCCGCCUUCAACGCUACCCAGGUCGUCUCCGCCCUCGCCCAUCUCGAGGCUUCUCACUUGAUCAUCAACACCGAGACGAACCUUCCCCGCAAGGACCCACGAUCCAAUGUUCCGCUCCUCACUCACCUGCUACCGAACCUACGGGAAAGCUCACGUGUAGAGUCAGAGCUGGUCCCUUCCCUGAAAAGUGUUGUGAUUGUGAACAACUCCGACGGUCGCAUCGAUUCCGAUCAAUUCUCGUCUUUGACAAAGUAUCAAGACGUUGCAGAAAAAGGGACGGAUGCCGAGCGGCCCUUGCCUGACCAGCAGCUGCAUCCCAAUGAGAUUGUAAACAUUCAAUUCACCUCCGGCACCACGUCAAUGCCAAAAGCAGCAUGUUUGACCCACAGGUCGAUUCUAAACAAUGGCAAAAGCAUAGGAGACCGGAUGCUCCUGACGCCCGAAGACAUCGUAUGCUGCCCACCACCUCUUUUCCACUGCUUCGGCUGCGUCCUCGGCUACAUGGCGACGGCCACCCACGGCGCGACCAUCAUCUUCCCCACCGAAUGCUUCAACCCGGCCGCCGCCCUGCGCGCCGUCCAAGAGCACCGCGCCACCGCCCUCUACGGCGUCCCCACCAUGUUCCUCCAAGAGCUCGAACUCCUCGCCUCGGGCGCCGUCCCCGCCACCGGCCUCGCGCAGCUCCGCACCGGCAUCGCCGCCGGCAGCAGCGUCCCCGCCGAGCUCAUGCGCAAGCUGCACCGCGUCCUCAACCUCACCGAGCUGACCAUCUGCUACGGCAUGACGGAGACGAGCCCCGUGAGCGCCAUGACGACGACGGACGACCCGUUGGAGAAGAGGAUCGCGACGGUGGGGAGGCUGCUGCCGCACGUGAGCGCCAAGGUGGUGAGCGUGGCGGAUCGGACGAGGGUGGUGGGCGUGGGCGAGAGGGGCGAGCUGGUUGUCAGUGGCUAUUUGACCAUGAAGGGGUACUGGGGGGAUGAGGAGAGGACGGCCGAGGUGCUGGUGCCGGAUGAGGAGGGCGUGUUGUGGAUGCAUACUGGCGACGAAGCCACCAUGGACGCAGACGGCUACGUCUCCAUCACCGGCCGCAUCAAGGACCUCAUCAUCAAGGGCGGCGAGAACAUCCACCCCCUCGAAGUCGAAAACUGCCUGCUCGCCCACCCGGCCGUCUUCGAGGUCGCCGUCGUCGGCCUGCCCGACGAACGCUACGGCGAGGCCGUCGCCGCCUUCGUCAUCCCGCACGAGGGCAUGCGGGGAUCGGUGCCGGCGAGGGAGAUCAGGGAGUGGGUCGGCCAGAGGUUGAGCCAUCAUCUCGUGCCGAAGUAUGUGUUUUGGACGGACGUGGUGCCGAAGACGCCGAGCGGGAAGAUUCAGAAGUUUAAGUUGAAGGAGGAAGGGAUUAAGUUGGUGGCUGAGGGGAAGGGGUUGGAGUGA